AUGGUUUGCAACAUCCCGAUGGCUGUGACGCAGAGGCAUUUGCUGGACCUCAUCAACAGGUCUGGCUUCGCGAACCGUUAUGACUUCGCCUUUUUACCAACAGAUUUCGACGCUGGGACUUCGAAAGGGCACGCGUUUGUCAAUUUCGUCUCCCCCGGUGACGCCCGCGAGUUCUCAAGAAAGUGGAACGGUGCGCGGCUGACUGGGGCUGGACCCGUCGCCGCGGCUAUUCUCGAGGUCGGAGCGUCACGGCUGCAGGGCUACAGGGAGAACACCAGGAGGUGGAGUGCGAUACGGCUACGGCGUACGAAGAACCGUGAGCUCCACCCGUUCAUCGACCAGAGGCUUGUUGCCGGUUGA